AUGCCGUCCAUCCCACCAUCUCCCCUGAGGCUGUCUCACCGCCAUCAUCCGUCCCAAUCUAGCAUCGACUUUGACCCUAUUUCUCCAGGCACAUAUGCUCCAAAUGGCUUCUCUCAUAGCCCUCCAAGGUCGCCUAUGUCCCCUCGCUUUUCAGCCCCGUCAUCGCCGGCCCGCGGACACCAUGCGCAAAGCAUAAACGGAUCUCAUUAUAGAAUGUCGGGUGACUUUGGCAGUGCUGCGGAUAUGGGUGGGGGUGGCUUGGGAAACCUUGCAGACGAACUGGCUGAUGCUUGGGAGCAGGAGGAGGGUGGCUAUGGGUAUGCGUCAGGACAGGAAGUCGAACAUAUCCCUGCCGAUUCGCAACAUAUGGAUCGCAGCGACUCAGAGGACGGCUAUCACAUGGGAACCAGGACACCGUCGUCGGGUUACUCGUCCGAGCGUGCUUCCCUGCAGCCUCCAAAACCCAAGACUCGGAAUGGUGGUCAUCGACAUCGCCGAACCGAAUCACAAUAUGACGGUUCAGACUACGGCCCUGACUCGGACCUGGAGGAAGCGGCGGACAUCUCGCCAAGUCUAGAGAUGCAGAUGGCGGAGGUUGAGAGCUUGGCUCGGCGGGGAUUGGAAAACAAUGGGAGUGAAAGUGAUCACGCCAUUGCUCGCGUUGUUGAAGCACUUCGGGACCUUGGUGGACAGAGUGGGAUCGAAAACAAUGCUAUGAGACUUAUCACAGCACACUCUUCCAUUACUUCACAUCUCACCCACCAAACUCGGACUCUCCAAACACUCACCCACCCUCUCCUUUUCUCUCCUUUCCCUCUUCUCUCCGAAGAUGCUAUAGAUUCCCUCAUCCCUCUGAUCGACGACGAGCUCUUACCCAACCUCCCUUAUCCUUUCCCGGUCCAAUCCCGUCACUCAUCAGGACCUUCAACACCCUCUCACUCACCCGCUCUUAACCCGCUCUAUUCCCUCCAAUCACUCGUUUCGCAAACAUCCGAAAUCACACUCUCUUUACAAAGCUUAAGCGAUACGCUUUACGAAUCGCGCCAGCUAACAGCCACCGCCUCUCGAAGACUCCGAUCCGCGCGCGAACUGGUCUCCGAACUCCGCCGUGAAGAAGAAGGUCGCGAAGAGGGCACCCGGUGGAUUGAGAAAGGCGAUUGGGAUCGCCGUCUUCGAGACCGCGAAGCCGGGCGCGAGUGCGGAGACGUUGUCAGCGGCUUCGAAGCCGUCUGCGGAGAAUGGAGGGAGAGACUCUUCGGAGCUGCCGGCGCAGAAGCCGCCACUGCCGCUGCUUGA